UAAUGCAUUAAGUGGACCCCAUCAUUGCUAAAUUGAGAAUUUCAGAAUUAGAUGAAUAUGAACCCCUCUAGAAAUAUCUUCCAAAUGUAUAUACUCUUUUUAAUAUAAUCCAUAGCCAAAAAUAAAGUUAUCACAUAUCGCAUUUGGAACAUUAGUUCUCUCAAUCUUAUGCACCUUGUUAGGAAUUGCACCUAGAGUUAUUACAGGUUUAGUUGGAGCCUUGAUUCCCUCAUUUUAAGCAGUCAAUAAAUACUAAACUACAGGUAGAAUGCAAUCAAAAAUAAAAUAGGGGAGAUUUACACGUGCCUUCCUUAUUUCAUUAUAUUUUCAACAUAUUUGACAUUUUAAGGAUGGAUUAUGUGGAUCUUUUCAUUUAUACCAUGCUUCAAUACCAUGUGUUUAUUAUUUGUUUUGGCUCUCUAUCACCCUGAUGUUCAAUUAUCAAAUACAAUUUGGACUUUGUUGUAGAAAGUUUUAUGAG